GUAGCUUGAAGUAUAACUUUGGCAACUCUGACGAGAAGACAAUUUUUAUUCAUUCAUUCAUUUCGUUGCUGGAUAAAAAGAAAUCACCAAAAAUCACACGAAUCCAAAAGAAGUGAUUGACAGUGUUUGCACCAAUUGCAAGUCCAGCCUUUAAAUUCUUGACGAUUUGACAUCUGCAGUGAUAAAUUUGUCAUUUGUUUAAUCUAUGGCUUCAGUGUAAAACAUUGCUCCUCUAUCAAUGGCCUCUGCACAAACGCCCUCAAGAGAUUUGUCGUCCGCAACGACAACAACAACUGCUACAACUGUGGCAGUAACUGCAACUACUUCAGCUGAGGAGGGAGUAGGAGCUUUAUUGCAAUGUCCUAAUUGUGAUAAAAAAUUGACGCGUUUUGAAAUGGCCUCACACUGUGAGCAAGAAAUGCAGCGUCUUAAACAAACACCAUUGCUUAAGGAGCCCAAUGAAGCAGGCAAUGAAGACGAAGCGGAGGUUGGAACAACAUCAUCAAAUGAUGCUGGUGAUCGACGAAAGCCUUGGUCAGUAUUUCAAAGGGUCCAGAGAAAUCGCCAAUCACGCAUGAAGCAACGCACCCGAAAACGCCCUACAGCACCGGAAUACCCAUGUCCUGUGUGCAGUUUAAUUUUUCCCCAAGAUGAAAUACAACAACACGCUGAAGACUGUUUACGACGCAGCAGUCGUACAGCCAACGGCCGCAGCAAUAGUGAUGACCAUUCCAGCAACGAUGACGAAGGCGGCGAAGAAUAUGAGGAAUAUGAAUGGGCUGGUCAGAAACGAAUUCGAGUUUCUAGUUUACUUCAAGGAGGCUAUGCCGCAAUUGGCAUAGGUCAAACAACCAAUGGCAGCAGUCAUCGCCUCAAUGGCCACAACGAUGAGGAUGACGAUGAAGAUCUUAAUGUGGAUGAGGAUGACACCCAAAUCUAUGGACCCACACAAUAUGCAGAAAAUGAUGUUAUACCUUCGCAUAUAAUGAAUGAGGAUGAGAGUGAUGUUACAUCGUAUAUGCGUCGUCUGAUUACAGCGGGCUCAAGUGCCACAGUUAGCACUGCUAGAAAUGCCAGCACCACCACUACCGAUAGUCUAACUGUCAAUUCAUCCAUACUAAAUAAUGACAUUAGCAAUGAAGCUAUGGCCUCUUUGGCGGCAUCCCUGUCGUCCACCACUACAGCUACAACAUCCACAUCGACAUCCACCACGGAAGAGCAACAACCCACAACUCCUGCACAUUAUCAACAAAUUAUCGACUCGUUAAAGGCCAAAUUGCGCCACUACGAACAGCAACAUAUUCCAGGCAAAUAUAAAUGUCUCAUAUGUUUGGAUGACUAUCGAAAUCCCGCCAUAUCGGUGGCCUGUUGGCAUGUUCACUGUGAACAAUGUUGGCUACGCUCUUUAGGAGCCCGUAAAUUAUGUCCCCAGUGUAAUUUGAUAACAACACCCAAAGAUUUGAGGCGUAUCUACAUGUAAAAUGCAUGGAAACUAACUCCUACUCCUCCCCCCCCCCCAAACUCCCCACAAUAUGAUGCUUGUUGUAGGCGUUUCAGUUGCCUAUAUGUUUUUAUUUUGUCUUAAUUAUUAAGAAUUUUUUCCAUUGCUAUAAGUUUUCCUAAAAUAUUGUUUUGAGAUUUAUUUUUUGUCAGUCCACCUUGUAGUGUGGUAGUGUCGUAGAUCCUUUUAACGAUUUGGCUACAACAAGGACAAGAGGUAUUUUUUUAGAAAUAUUAUAAUUUUGUUUAGCUUCUAAGACAUCAA